GCCGCCUGCCGUGAAUAAAGACAGCCUGAACCAGCUCAAAGUCGCAACCUUGGCAAAUCCCUUUCGCCAUAUCAACCAUACCGUGGGCGAAGCGUCAAAAGCAAUGCCGAACAUUAAGGUUUGCGCGGCGUUCACAAUGGCGGCGCUAAAGUCCACGUCGGCAGCGGGAAAAAUCAACAAGCCUGGAGAUCCUGCUGACCAGGUUACCCCUGUCAUGCAGACGGAGGUAUGCAAUUUGCCCAAUGCGAAACAAGACAAAAAAGCCAUAUCAAUGUACAUCGCGGGCGCACCCUUCUACAGUUUCGACACCAAUAAAACUAUGUUUGAAAAGGUCCGUGGCAUACUGACUCAAUACAACGAACUGUGCCUCGGUGCAAUCAACGUGCUGCAUGACGACUGCAGUAACUUCGCCCUUCUCGAGAUCAUGAAACUGGUGUUCGACAAGAACUUCAAGUGACUGAUUCACGCGUUAUAUACCUUAGUGUGUGUUUUUCUCUUGUGCAUCUUUCCGUUAAUCUGACCGCUAUUAUUACGACAAAAAUUAUCUACAGCAGCCAUACUUUUGGUGGAUUGGUAACUUUUGGCGCUCUUUUUUGCUUUAUGGCAGCGUCGAAAAGCAAACGCGAUAGCUGUUCAGUAACUGCCUGCGCGUUUGUUAACAGCUUGCGCAAAAGGCACAGUUGCAGCUGCUCCGUCCACAAUAGAAAAAGCAAACUGCUUCAAUCGAACGUAGAAUUGGACAAG